UAGUGAAGAGUCAAAUUACAAAAUGAAGUUGUCACUUAUUUUCAUCUUCGUCAUAGCAAUGGUGUUCGCACUCAGUGGUCGAGCUGAGAGCAAAAAUAUCUUUAAAAGACUUGAGAAAGUAGGCAAGAACAUUCGUAACGCAGCAGAAAGAAGUCUUCCCACAGUUCUUGGAUACGCAGCAGUUGCAGGUGCAGUGGGCAAAAAGUAGAAGAUAAUCUCAUUAUUCUAUUUAUUUUUAGUUAUUAAAUUGGCAUUUAUGAAAAUUUACAAUGUGA